CGCCGUAGGUGGAAGCAGCAUGGCGUGCGUGAGCGCGGAGCUCCUCCAAAAACUGUACUUUAUUUGCACUUAGUUCAUCUUAAUAUUCAAUCCAUCAAAGGCGACGUGCACGUAUUGAAAGCUGGAAUAACACUCACAGGAUGGACGAAGGGAAUAAACUUCAGUUCCCGUCCCUGCCCGCCGCCAAAGAAGAGCAGCUGGAUUGGGCGUAUCCAAUGAGAAGAGAGAUGCAGGAAAUUCUCCCAGGCUUGUUUCUUGGGCCCUAUUCAGCUGCUAUGAAGAGUAAGCUCUCAAUGCUGGAGAAGCAGGGCAUUACUCACGUCGUGUGUGUCAGGCAAGACAUUGAGGCCAACUUUAUAAAGCCAAACUUUCCCCAUAAAUUUAGGUACCUUGUUUUAGAUAUAGCAGAUAACCCUGUGGAAAAUAUAAUUCGAUAUUUCCCAAUGACUAAAGAAUUUAUUGAUGGAUGUUUAGAGACGGGGGGAAAGGUACUUGUUCAUGGAAAUGCAGGGAUAUCAAGAAGCGCUGCCUUAGUUAUUGCCUACCUUAUGGAGACAUUUGGUGUAAAAUACAGGGAUGCCUUUAGUCAUGUACAGGAGAGACGGUUUUGUAUUAAUCCCAAUGUUGGCUUUGUUCAUCAGCUACAGGAAUAUGAAGCAAUAUAUCUUGCAAAGCUAACCAUCAAGAUGAUGUCACCCAUUCAGUUGGGCAGGUCUUUCUCCAUCCAAGCUGGGAUGCCAGGAAGCCUAAAGCGAACACUAGAAGAGGAUGAAGAUUUUGGGAGUAUGCAAGUUACAGCAGCACAAAAUGGAUAGACUUUACUAAAAAGUGCUUUACCACAGUGGACUUUUCUUUUUACAUUUUUAUUGGGAUUAAAAAUGUAAAUAUUUGUACAGAGGAUGGGAGGGAGAGACUGCUCCUCGUGACCCUUGGAGCUGGGGAUGGGUUGAUCAUUUUUUUCUUUUUGAGCUGUAUGCACUGAAAUUUUUUGCAGUUUUAUAGUAUUUAAAGCAUUUUGCAUUUGCAGCGGGACAGUAUUGCAAUAAUGCACUUUUGAUACUUGAAUUACUGUUAUGUUUAUGGACAGAUUUGGGCUGGGGUGAGGGGGGUAUCAAAGGAAUGCGACUCACUGCCAUAGAAAUGAAAUGGUAGGAUGAAUCAGUCGUUAUGUAAGGAAUAAGGAAAUUCUUUUGCCAUAGAAUUAACAUCCCACUGCUCAAUAAAAGAUGGCUACUUACACCAUGUGUGUUCAACGUUAUCAUUCCCUGGUGGAAAGAUAAGCAACUCCUUAUGAUACAAAUGUUGGGUGUGGAUAGAUUUCGAAUGAUAAUCCAACUUUUUUGAAAUACACUUUAAACUUCAUAUUUUAUUGUUUCAAACCCUUCACCGACUUGUCAUUCAAUGGUUUUACAUCAAUUAUAAAAUGUAACAGUUAUAAAAGGAAAUAUUACAUCACUGCCACAUAUUUAGCUGUUGACAGACAGAUGACAAAGUAUGUAGAUGCCCUUUAUUUGUCGGCUUUUAGUGCAAGUACAAAAAUAAAGGCAUUUAGCGUACAAAGAUGUGCUUUCAUUACAUCAGGAUAUAUUUCAAAAUAAUUUAUUUUCCUUCAACUAGGUUUGACAACUAAUGAUUCAGCCUCGCCAAAAUCGAGAAAAUACAUGAGCAUAAUAAAUAAAUGUAAACCAUUUUUUUAUAUUAAUGAUCUCUAUAUUGAAGAUGUGUACCUGCAAUAGAAAUUGAAAUAAGAUAAAAUAGAUUCAAUACCAGACUUGCACCUUGCAUGAAAACUGAUUUGAGUUUUGGUAUUUUUUUAAGCAUAAAGCACAAACCACAGCAUUAACAUGAAGUAAAAGAGGGAAAUAUGCCAUUAACAGUUUUGUAAAUUGUUUGAAAGUUUCUAUGAUUAAAAAUGCUUUC